AUGAAAUUCACGACAGCGCUUCUCUGCCUCGCAGCAACGGCCUGGGGCGCUGAACCCCAACGACGAGAUGCCACAACGGAGAGCGGCUACAAUGUUGCUUCUUUAUCGAGCCAACUCGAGCACCUCACCGCAAACGCAACCAGCGGCGCAAAUUUCGCCAACAUCUCCCCGCCUCCUAAAUCGCUCAUCGGCGAGAUCAUCUCAGCUGUCCCGAUGACAGUCCUGUGGGAAUUGAUUGAUCAGGAAUCCCGCCGUUCGCUGGCUAGCGAGUUCAGUGCCGGCACGACUCCAGCCUGGUAUAGCAGUCUUCCGUCCGAUGUGAAAAGCUACAUGUCGGUCGUGCGAUCGCAAGUCAAGGCGGGGGUUCUUACACAGACGCCCACACCUACGGCCACGGGCACAGCGACAGGCUCGCAGACCGGGACGGGUACGGCGACGGCGACGGGAUCGAGUUCAACUUCGAGUGGGUUGGCGGCGCAGCCUACUGCAAUCACGGCGGUGGUCGGGGCGCUGGGUGUUCUCGGCUUGGCCCUAGCACUGUAG